AUGGCGGCGUCCUCUCUCCGGCGUCAUAUCGGCACACAAGCAAUAAGUGCCUCGCAAUCCCUGGAAUCCUUCCAGCGAGUAUGGCUCGGCUCCCGAUUGUCACGGCCCUUCCCGCGCCGAUUGGGGCUGGCAGUCAGUGGUGGAGCAGACUCCAUGGCGUUAGCAUAUCUCAGUAAACAAUGGGAAAGGAGUCGACCGAAUGAUAUAUCUGUCACGGCAUUCGUCGUCGACCACAAAGCGAGAGAAGAGAGCACCCGCGAAGCUAAUAUGGUCUCACAAUGGCUUCGAGACAUUGGAAUCAAAUCCGAGAUCCUCGAACUGACCUGGCCCGAAAGCACUAAGUCACCAUCCAAAGUGACCGCGUUCGAGACGCAUGCCCGCAGACUCCGUUUCCAAGCGCUGGGCAAAGCAUGUCGAGACCGCCAGAUCGAAGCCCUUCUAAUGGGCCACCACCAAGACGACACCGUCGAGACGACCCUCUGGCGUCUCUGCACCGGAGCCAAAGGCGCCGGUCUAGCCGGUAUCCCCCAAGUGACACGCAUCCCCGAAUGCCACGGUAUCUACGGCGUCUCUGAGAGCGGGUCGUCAUACACGAUCCCAUCGGGACCUCACCAGUCGAGAAACGACACCACCAUCUCAACAGGCGGAAUCCUCAUCUGUCGCCCCCUCCUCUCCUUUCCCAAGUCCAGCCUUCUAGCAACCUGCCACGAACACAACAUCCCCUACGUCUCUGACCCUACCAAUUUCGACCCAACCCUAACCCCCCGCAAUGCAAUCCGCAGUCUCCUGGCUGAGAAUAAACUCCCAAAGGCCCUCCAAGGCCCCUCCAUUCUAUCUCUGAUCAACUCCAGCCAAUCCCUCCUCCAGAACUCAACAUCCCUAUCAAACACUCUCCUCACCUCCUGCAAAAUCAACGACCUAAAUCUCCCCGCCGGAACAAUCACCCUCACCUUCCCCUCAGCACCAAUAGACCCAGCCUCCUUCCUCAACACAGUCACUAACAAUACCAACACCAAAGCCAAAGACAACGACAAAGCAAACCAACGAAUCCAUCAAAUCAAAUGCCUCACCCUCCGCCGAAUAACCGACCUCCUAGCCCCGUUCCCAGAGAAUCACUUCCCUCUCCGCAGUUUCGAGUCCUUCACGGACCUUGUGUUUCCACCCCAGGACCAGCCGGACCCUAAACGAAGGAAACCGUUCACGCUGGGCGGGGUAAUGUUCCAACCCGUGAACACUGCGUGUACUGAAGCAGAUCAGAGGGUCGAGGGUGGCAAUACCUGGCUCUUAUCCCGUCAACCGUUCAUGCGGAACCGGUUACCUACUCUGCGGGUUGCGGUUCCGAUUUCAGGGUUUUCGGCGGGUGAUACGUCCUGGAGGCUUUGGGAUAAUCGGUUCUGGUUCCGGUUUGGCAUUGUCCCCGAACAGGGUUCCCGUGGAGCUGAGGUUGAGGCGACUCAAGAUACUUCCAAGGGGGAGGUGAUAUCCUUGCUUGUUCGUCCGUUUCAGCCAUCGGAUCUUCAGGUGAUUCGAAGGGUUGCGGAUGAGCGGGGAGGGCGUUCGGAGAAGAAGAAAAGGAAGAUGAAUCCUGCUUUGGUUGGAUUAUUGGAUCGGCUUGGACAGGAAGCGCCCGGACACACUCGGUUUACUCUUCCCAUGGUGGUAGUUGAGAAGGGUUCUGGUGGACUUGAGUAUGACUUGCCCGUGGGGUUGCCGACGUUGGAUUUGUGGUUUCAUGGGAUGUGGGAGUCUUUACAGAUACCCGGGAGAUUACGGUGGGAUUGGAUGUAUAAGAUGAUGGACAACGAGCCGGUGAAAUUGAUGGGCUGGCUGUAA